ACUCAGCUCUUGGGAGUUUUACUUGCUGCUGCUUCCAAUUUUCUGAUUAGUGUCUCUUUGAAUAUACAGAAAUGCGCUCAUCUCCGACUGGCUCGCCAAACAGAGCCGAAGCCCUACUACACGAGCAAGCUCUGGUGGUGUGGGAUUACCCUCCUGGGGCUUGGAGAGGUCGGCAAUUUCACAGCCUAUGGAUUUGCCCCUGUUGCCCUUGUUGCUCCACUGGGAUGUGUAGCUGUCAUAGGUAGUGCGUUUAUUUCUGUCUUAUUCCUAAAGAAGACCAUGAGGGCUGCUGAUAUAUUGGGAGGAACACUGACAGUGACAGGGACAUACUUAUUGGUGACAUUCUCUCCAAAUGCACCCCAAGAGCUCACCGCAAGACGAGUACAGAAUUACUUAGUGAGCUGGCCUUUUUUGGUAUAUUCGAUCUUAGAAAUUAUAAUAUUCUGCAUUCUCCUCUAUUUUUACAAAAGAAAGGCCGUGAAACACAUCGUGGUUUUGUUAAUGAUGGUAGCACUACUGGCAUCGCUGACUGUCAUUGCUGUAAAGGCUGUGGCCAGCAUGGUAACACUCUCUGCAAAGGGGAAAAUGCAGCUAACUUAUCCUGUUUUCUACAUCAUGAUUGUUUUAAUGGCAACUUCUUGUGCUUUCCAAGUCAAGUUCUUGAAUCAAGCAAUGCAUCUGUAUGAAGCGACAGCAAUUGUGCCCAUUAAUUUUGCGUUCUUCACCACCAGUGCCAUCAUUUCAGGGGUCAUAUUUUAUCGGGAAUUCCAAAGUGCACCUUUGCUGAGCAUGUUCAUGUUUCUGUUCGGGUGUCUCCUAUCUUUCCUUGGUGUAUUUGUAAUUGCAAGAAAUAAAAAAGAGGAGCAUUUACAAAUUCCUUUUAUUGACUGUGGACAUAUUCCUGGACAGAAAUUGACAGGCAAAAUACAACCAGAUUCUCACAGUUCAUGCUAUGGCACUUUGAAUAAUGAAGACGACUCAGUGAGAAGUCAAAACUGA